AUGGCGACGGAAAACCACGAAGAGACCCACGAGGAUGUGGCUAUUAACAGCGAUAUGAUUCAAGAGGAGGUGGCGGGGGUCUUGCGGCACAAGUUUGGCCAAGAGUCGUGGAAUCCCCGUAAAGUGGAUGCGUGGGUGGAUGAUGUUAUUGAGGUUGUGCUGAAGAACCUCGCGGAGCUGCGAAAGCCAUUUAAAUAUAUUGUCAAUUGUGUGGUCAUGCAACGCACAGGCGCUGGUAUUUCCACGGGUUUUAUUAGUCUGUGGGAUAACACACUGGAUGGAGUUGUGCAUGUACCGUUUGAGAAUGAUUCCCUUCACUGUCUGGUGACCGUCUUCUUCCUUAAACUUGAUUAG